AUGUCCGGGGUAGGCAGAUCACAACGUGUAGAUACUGCAGAUGGUAUCUCGUGGCACGUAGAAGCCUUCUCACCCAGUACCACCACCGAAACAGUCCCAGAGUAUGUCGUCCUCAUCCCAUCCGGCGAGGGUGACUGCCGAAACCUCACCAAGGUCGCACACCUUCUUGCUAGCACUGGUCCCUACCAUGUCCUAACCUUCGACAUGCCGGGCUUCUCACGAACGAGUGCAUCAGCCGAAGCUCAAAGCAACGUACGCCCACCCCUGCUAGCCAAGCAGAUCAUCGGCCUCCUAGAUAAGCUCGAGAUCCGUCGUACCAGCUUCUUCGGCUGCUCAUCUGGUGGCAGCGCAGUCCUGGGCCUCUGCGCCCUUUAUCCGCAUCGCACAAAAUGUGGCAUCGUGCAUGAAAUCCCAUUCGGCACUUUUCCUGUACUGGUAGACAUGCUGAGCAUGGCCGACCACGAGAUCACAGCUGCCUGUGAAAAUUUCUUCGCCAAUGCUUUCGUCGAGCAGGACAUCAACGACGGCAGAAAGAAGUGGGAUGGUCUGGGCAGCGACUAUCACGCACGCUUGGCGAAGAACUAUGUGACUUGGGUGAAGGGCUAUAUCAAUUCUGUCGAGCUUGGAUCGAACGAACUAGCAAGCGAUCCGAAGAAUCUGCAGCAAAGACCUAUCUUUUGGACGGUGGGUGGCUUGAACCCAGGAGUGGAGCAUGAAGAUGGCGCUUGGAAACAGAACUUUGAAAUGGCUAGGGCUGCUGGGUUGGAAGUCAACACGAAGAGGUUGAAUUGUUUGCAUUUCCCUGCUGUGACUGUGCCCGAGGAUACAGCUGACUGGAUCAGAGAGAGUGUUGCCAAGGUUAAGGACUAA